UCUUGAUCGCCUCAGCGCUUGAUGUGCAUAGCAUAAAAACAGGUUUCCGUGACUCUGUAGUUUCUUUUGGGAGGGAAAUAUUACAAUGUAUAAAUUUUCUUUCAAAAUAAAUUAAACCUAUUUAAAAAAUGAUAAAGAAAUAUAAAUUGCGGUGCUAUUAAAGCAUUAAGGAAAAAAAUAAUUUCACAAAAUUGACCACGAUCGUGUCCGGUACUGUACUCAAGCAUAUCUGCUGCACUGAUGCUGCGAUUGCGCCAAAACCAAAUUUGAGCAAGAUGGCGACACAAGAAGAUUACCUUGUUGUAUACUUUACGGCAGAUAGAGCUCUGCAAAUUGUCAACCGCAAAAAACAAACUGUAAGAUGCAUAGACGAAGCAACAAGUACAGUCUCCGUAGAUUAUCCAACGGAGGAAAUUAAUGAAGACGGAACAGUAUCGAUAAGGGACGAACCGUAUGAAGGCUCAACUGUUUUCUCUGGAAGUGCAACAUCUGCUCGGGCAUUUAUGAAUUUCACCAAGAGCGAAGGCAUAAACCUGACAGAUGAAGGAGUUGUUGAGACACUUUUGUCCCUGGCAAAGGAGAGAAAGCAAUCAGGAAAAAGAGGAGCCGCGACCAAGCUUAAAAGACUACUGCAGGCAAGUGAUGAAAUACAGCACCAUACAUCACAGCCAGAACAAAAAAAGGACAGAAGUGAUUCUAUAGCAGGUGACCAUGAAUAUGAAAAGAAAAGUGCUAAAAAAAAGAGGAAAACGUGUACACCCCUACCUGUUAAAUCGAAAGAACCAAAAUUACUAGACAUCAUAAAACUUAAUGAAAUGUCUGCAUUUGCCAAUGUAGCUAGUGAGCCCGAGUCAGAAUCUGAAAAAUCAAAGACACCACCCAAAGCCACAACUGUCAGCAGGACGGAAAGGACACCUUCAAAAGCAACACCUGUCGGCGGGACGAAAAAGACACCGUCCAAAGCCACUCCUGUAGGUGGGACCAAAAAGACACCGUCCAAAGCCACUCCUGUAGGUGGGACCAAAAAGACACCGUCCAAAGCCACUCCUGUAGGUGGGACCAAAAAGACACCGUCCAAAGCCACUCCUGUAGGUGGGACCAAAAAGACACCGUCCAAAGUCACUCCUGUAGGUGGGACCAAAAAGACAUUUACACCUCCCAAAGCUACACCUGUCGGCAGGACUGAAAAGACUCCUUCCAAAGCCACACCUGUCCGCGGGACCAAAAAGACUCCUUCCAAAGCCACACCUAUCCGCGAUACCCAAAAGACACCAUCCAUAAAAACAAGCCAUACAAAAACUAGACUAUUUGACACUUGCAUUAGGCCAAGAUCAGAAACAUGCACAUCAGAAGUUACUUCUGUAACAAUUACAAAUUCCAAGACUCCCUCCAAGAAAGCGUACUCAACAAAAAAGAUAGAAUUGGUUUUGGAUAGUCAACAGGAAACAUCACAAGCUGUGUUUUCUGGCCUUAGUGUUUUGAAUGACCAGGACCACAAUGGUUUCUCUUAUUCAGAAAUGCCAUCAGUUCAAUCGGCUUCUGGAAGUGAAAACCAGUACUAUGGCUACAACGCCAAUUAUUCAUGGGAUAACCCGAAGGAAUCACAAGAGGAUGUACAGCAUGAAAUAUCAAGUACCCCAGUGUAUCCAGUGCACAUGCCCAUGUCCCAGCAUUGUAAUCCGAUCACAGAUUACUUUAGAGAGUUGGACAACAACCAAAGAGUGACCUUGCUUGGGUUUCUGGAGCUACUGACAUUGCAAUUACGUCAACAGGGGGAAUCUAAUGGAAGAGAAAUAUUUGGGAACAACCAGCACUCCAUGAACUCGCCAAAUACUCAGGUUUUUGACAGGAAUCCAAGAUCAUCUGUCAAAUCUGCACAGAAAAGUGAAAUGAGACUCGUUCCCUUGAUCAUAGAUCCAGAUGACAAAGAUCACUUUGCUGAAAUUCUUGUGAAUCCAUCACAGUUAAGGGGCAUAGAGAACAAGGCUGGAUCCAUGAAAAAUCCAGCAUUGUACCUGUUGAAUAAAGUUCUGGACUUAGUAUUUUCAUUUGAAGAAAUGGCCGCCAGCAAAGGUGUUAGUUCCCUCCCUAUCAACAAGAGAGAGGCUAUACAAGAAUAUCUCCAUACAAGAUGCAGUGCAUUAAACUUUCAAGAACUAUCCCAGAAGAAGUACAUCACUGCUAUCCAGAACAAGAUUGGGAACCAUAGGUUAUCAAAACGAAAGAGUUGCAAGUAAGGGGAGCAGAGCAGAAAGGAAGAAAGAAGUCUGAGGGUGACGACAAACUAUAAGUAUUUGAGAAAUUCGACAGAAAUGUAUCGCUUUGUGUCCCCAGAUGUUGAAGAAGUAGUGUUGGGAAUCAGUUGAUAUUUCAACAUUGAUGGACAAACAUUUAUAAAUAUUUUGAUAAUUUGCAUUUAUUUCAUUCCUUCUAGCAGUUUCUACAAUGAAUUUAAGGAUUAAUCGGUUGGCAUACUAGUACGUACAUAAUGCUUAACAAAUGGGAUUUUUCUUUGGACAUUUUGUCUUAUGUCUAGCUGCCGCUCACUCGCAGUUUCUUAUCUUUCAUUCAUACCAUUUCAGAGUUACAGUCUUCACCGAUGAACAGUUAUCAUUAAUAUUUUAUAAUUAAUUAUGUCCCCCUAACAAAGUUGGGGGGCCAUAUUGUGUUUGUUUCAUUUCUUAUUAAAUUCUUCUUUAGCUUUCUUCUAUCUUUUCAUGGUGAACUUGUCCGGCAGUUUCCUCCUAAACUAUUGGACAGAUCCUUAUGAAACUUCACAUGAGUAUUGCUUGGGGGGCAGAAGGUGUGCAACGUGCAUGUCUUGGAACAAAACUCAAAAAUGGCUGCCAUUUCGUGGCCUCUGAUUGGUCGAAAUUUAGAUAUUGUUUGAUUUUGGUACAGAUUGGUAUAUGGGAUUGAGGGAAGCUGAUCAGAAUGGUACUACUUACAAAAUUGUCUGAGGUUUCUGGUUUUUUUUUCCCCCAAAUUUAGAUAUUGUUUGAUUUCGGUGAAAACUCUUCCAUUAUCAUUAUUUACGACCGUUGGGGUAGUUUGGGGGACAUUAAUUUAACGGUUGUCCUUACAAUUAGUACUUGUUAUAUUAAAUAACAUGAUUGGUAGUAAUUUAAUCUAAUACAGAACUGUCGUUCUCUUCUAGGUAGUACAUGAAGUGAAAGUGAACCUCAUAAUCAAUUAAUAAGAAUUGGUUGCCUUUCGAUUAGAUAUCAAAUAUGAUCGAUCAUCGGAACAACACUGUUAAACCAUGUUGCAAAAAUGUCCAUCUUGUUAAAUCGGUUCCUGUUAUGUAAUUGUCACUCUUGUAAUUAACAUUUAAUACUGGUUUAGGACCACUAUGCAUUUAAGGAAACCUUUUUUUCUGUUAUAAACAUUAUGUCUUUGGAUUGUUCUUACCUGUAGAAAUGGCAUAUUCCUUUGUAUAAAUUGUUUCUUUGUUCAAAUUCAUAUAAGAAGAAAAACGCAACUCCGGAAAUCCAAAUUUUAAAAAUUUAUUCAAAGAUUAAAAUACAAAACAUUAUGAUAUUUAUCCAUGCAGAAAUGUUUCAUAUCAUGUAAAAUUAAAUUUUUGACAAAAUAGAAUGUCUGUAACAGGCCUAGGACGGACAUGCAUGUUGUACCAUGGCCAGAAACUGUUGCAAUGGUAACAAAAAUGUGACUUUUUUUUCAGUUGUCCUGACUUAUGAUAUUGGUCUAAGAUAAUUACCAAAUAUGAAAAUCUAAAAAAUAUGUGCCAUGCUUUCGUAUUGAUUUCUCUUUUUUUUUUAAACUGAAAUUUAAGCUAGGCAUUUCUGUAGAGUAUCUCAAAUACUUGAGUAUGCCCAAAAAGGUGAAAGCUAUUUUGAAAGAAACACAUAUUGUCACCAGUGAUGUUUCUCUAUGUACUUCUUUUUGGAUACCAGAAAUUAAUAAAAUAAACACAUGCAAAUGAAAAAGAAGCAAUAUUCUGAGGUUAUCUUUAUUUAAAGUUGGAUAUGUUUUCUCAAUUAUUAGCCCAUCAUCAGAUUCAUUGUGGGCUAUUAUUCAAUUCACCUAUCAAUGUUAGUCACAAUACAGCAUAAUGUAACAAAACCAAGAAGAUUCAAGGGAAAAGAUCUGCUUGACUGCUUAAUGAAUGGAGUGACUGAUGGAGAUCAAACAAUG